CCUUGCAGGAAUCAGCUGAUGUCGAUGUAAACACGAAACAGAGGUGUGUGUGAUUGUGUCAGUGAAGCACAGAGACAGCUAUAUUUCGCAAUCGGUCGACAUUCAGUGUCAGCUGAACUCCACUCGCCGGAAAUGUGACAUGUGUUUGUGUGUGUGUGACGGUUUACGGCCUGAGACGAAAUGCGCCGUGUGGUGAAUCCUGCUGCUGCUGCUGCUGCUCAUGGGGGAAAGUCAGCGGCUCAGAGGGGCUUAAAACAUCACAUGCAGUUGCACAGAGGGCCUGCGUAAAAGCACCUCUGCCCGGUUACAAAACUGGAUAUUUCUUUGCAGGACUGGUCGAAGCAGUGUGCAUGGAGGAGUUUGACCCAGAAGAACAGUUCCUGCGCUAUGCCAGGAACGGAGAUCUGCCCGGCAUUCAGAGGCUCCUUUUGUCCAAGAUAAGGGAAGAAACACAGAUAAACAUCAACUGCAAAGGUAAGAGUAAAUCUAACCUGGGAUGGACACCUCUUCACCUGGCCUGUUACUUUGGACACAAACAUGUUGUGGAGGAGUUACUUAAGGCGGGAGCGGAUGUUAAUUUACCCAAUAAUAUAGGCGACACACCACUGCACAAAGCCGCCUUCACAGGAAGAAAGGAGGUUGUCAUGCUGCUGCUGCACUAUGAUGCAUGUGCUACUGUCAUCAAUGGGACAGCACAGAUUCCCAAAGAUGUCACUCAAAAUGCAGAGAUCAGAAGCAUGUUAGAAGCGGCUGAGAGAACAGAGGAGAGGAAACUGGAGGAGCACCUUUUAGAAGCUGCACGAGAAGGAGACCUGUCAACGCUAACUCAGCUGCUAAGCCGGAAGAAGCCUCCAGACAUCAACUGUGCAGAUCUGCUGGGUAACACUCCGCUGCACUGUGCAGCCUAUCGAGGCCAGAAGCAGUGUGCCCUGAAGCUGCUGAAGAGCGGAGCCAGCCCCAACAUCAAAAACAAGAAUGGUCAGACAGCAUUUGACUUGGUCAGUGAUACAGUAAUGAAGCAGGUUCUUGAAGGCACCGUUCAUCGAGGCAUGACUCGCCAUGUCAAGAAAUAUGAGGGACUCCUCGGGAAGAGCUCCAGAUUUUUUGGAUGGCGCUCCUACUGGGUUGUUCUACAGGACGGGGUUUUAUCCUGGUACUCAAAACAAUCAGAUGCAGCUGCCGGUGUCAGAAGGCAGGGAUGUAAACCCCUCACACAUGCUCACUGUUUGAUCCGAGCCAAAGAUAACUGUUUUUUUACGCUCAAGUGUUUUGAUGACAGCGUGCAUCACUUUAAAGUAUCGGCUCAAAAUGAUCCAGAGGCAACAAGAAAAGCCUGGCUGGAUGCACUGGAGGAACACUCUGCUUACAGCACACACUACUGCUCCCAAGAACAGGGCAGUGAGGAGGAGGAAGAUGAGGAGGCGAUGUCACUCGGGGAGCUAACAGAUUCACUGCAGGCAGCGGAGGCCAGCCACAUGAAACUGGAAAAGGAGGUGUCAGCUUUCAUGUCCAUGCUGAAAAAUGAUGGGCUGUUGGAAAAGUUUCCAUCCACUCUUGUGCAUAAAAUGCAGGAAAUCUGUGAUUUGUCCAGUGAAACAGCCUCAAGCCUCAGUGUCUGCCUCAGCCAUUUCUCCAAACAGGAAGGGGUGCGCAGUCUGAAAUUGGAGCAGGAGGUAGAAAAGAAUAAGAUCCUCUCUGAAGCUCUGCAGACUCUUGCCACAGAGCACCACGAACUGGAGCAAUCCGUCGUCAAGGGAUCUUCACCGCGAAGUGCCCUCAGUGAGGAUGAGUUCCACGACGCCGUGUCUGAUUCAGAAUCUGAGCUUUCCCUGAGUGGCUUUGAGACGGUGGCCAGCCAUUCUUUUGAGGAGGACAACGAGGAAGAGGAAGGCUCUGUCAUGUUAAGCAGCCGUUGCAGCCCCACAAGCAUGUUGCACGAAGAUCACCAUGGUGACAAGGACGAGACUCAACCCAAUGGGAUCUCAAAGCAUAGGACAAGCCUACCCGCACCAAUGUUUUCAAGAAAUGACUUCAGCAUCUGGAGUAUCCUGAGGAAUUGCAUUGGAAUGGAACUUUCCAAGAUCACAAUGCCAGUGAUUUUCAAUGAACCACUCAGCUUCUUGCAGCGUCUAACAGAGUACAUGGAACACACAUACCUCAUCCACCAGGCCAACGCUUCCUCAGACUCUAUCGACAGAAUGAAGUGUGUGGCUGCUUUUGCGGUGUCCGCUGUGGCCUCCCAGUGGGAGCGCACAGGUAAACCCUUUAACCCUCUGCUGGGAGAAACUUAUGAACUGGUCAGAGAGGACCUUGGCUUCAGACUCAUAUCAGAACAGGUGAGCCACCACCCUCCAGUCAGCGCCUUCCAUGCUGAGGGACUGAAGCAGGACUUUGUGUUCCAUGGAUCCAUCUACCCCAAACUCAAAUUCUGGGGAAAGAGUGUUGAAGCGGAACCAAAAGGCAUUAUCACGCUGGAGCUGCCAAAAUUCAAUGAAUCCUACACAUGGACAAACCCAACAUGUUGUGUUCAUAACAUCAUCGUGGGCCAGCUGUGGAUAGAGCAGUAUGGAAAUAUGGAAAUAUACAACCACAGAACCGGGGAAAGGUGCUGCCUGAAUUUUAAGCCUUGUGGCCUUUUUGGCAAAGAAUUACACAAAGUGGAGGGUUAUAUUCUUGAUAAAAGUAAAAAGAAGCUGUGCUCUCUCUAUGGGAAGUGGACAGAGUGCCUGUACGUAAUUGACCCCGCUGCCUUCGAAGCAAAUAAAAAAAACGAUAAAAAAGGGGCUGAGGAGAAAAAAGGCAGCAAAUCGAGUGGCAGUGAGGAUCAGGAGGAGGUGCCCUCUCCAGCUGCAGACACUGUGCAGAUGAUUCCUGGCAGCCAGCUGCUGUGGAGAAUCGCACCGAGACCCCCCAACUCUGCCCAGAUGUACAGUUUUACAUCCUUUGCAAUGCAAUUAAAUGAGUUACAUAAGGACAUGGAGGGGGUCAUUCCUCAGACUGACUGCAGACUGAGACCAGACAUCCGAGCCAUGGAGAACGGUGACAUUGACCUGGCCAGCGAGGAGAAGAAAAGGCUUGAGGAGAAACAGAGAGCUGCUCGCAAGAACCGCUCCAAAUCUGAUGAGGACUGGAAGACAAGGAGUCCCGCCCUUGGCCCAAGGUGGUUUAACCAGGGCCAAAAUCCACAUACCAACUCCCAGGACUGGCUCUUUACGGGUGGAUACUGGGACAGGACGUACACCCAGCUGCCCGACAUUUACUAACGGACGAAUUUGCACCAAACAGUGUCCUGUGUCAGAGAAGGUGCAUUCAGAUUUUUUUUUUUUUUUUAUGGAAUAACUACAAAACAAUAUGCAAAUAGUAACUGUGUGGCCUUAAUCUACUUUGUUAUAGUAAAGCUGCAUAAAAAUGUCAAUAAUUAAUAUGAAAGUUAGAGUUUAAUGUUGUUUAGAAAUGCUUUAGAUUGGAGCAUUUGCAUUUAUAUUGAGGUCAGCUUGGUUUUGUUGAUAAUAGACCCUUUAGCUCAGUGGAGAAGUGUGUUACAGCAUCUUGUUUCAAAUGUUAAUAAUCAUGUUUUGUCUCUAACUGUAUAUCUGUAUAUAACCAUGACACAAAAUCAACCGUCAGUGACCUCAUUAUAUUAUUCACAAAACCACUAUCAAUCAGUUCUUUUGAGUUUGAUGUGGAUGUCAUUCAUUUCCUCUGAUGUACUUGGCCUUUAAAAGACUGAGGCUGAUAAAAUGUAAUGACAAAAACACAGUAUUUUUGAUCUUCAAUAUUACGCCUCAACUACUACUACUACUACUACAAUAGAAAGGCAAUAGGUAUGAUUGUUUUUACUAUUUUGUCUCCUGAUUUCUGUUAUAAAGCACACAUACAUACCAAGUGAGCUUUCUAAAGAUCUGUCAUGAUAUUUUUGCUGAAAUCUGAAAUUUGUGACUUGAUGUACAUGAUGUAGAGAUUAUUUAAUUUUUAAGGUUUUUGCCUCCAUAUACUAUAUUGAGAGUAUUUUAUUGAUAACCUAAAUAAAACACUCAAGUAUUCCUUUACAUUUUUACACUUCAUGUGGACUGGGCCUUGGGUGUAAGGCAACUUGUGGGGAAAUCUGAUAGCAGGAUCUGAUUAAACUUUCUGUAACAAGGUGAUACUUUGAGAGAGAUAAGAAUACUGUUCACUUCCCGAGGUGGAAAACAGAUAGACCUAAGGUGAUGCAGUGGAUGCUUUUUCUUCCCCAGUCAGAAAUGAAAAAGCUUUGAAGUUAAAGUUUCCAGAGCAAAAAGUUUUAUAUAAAAACAGAAAUGAAACCAUGCAGGGCUCACAGAGGCAUCUGCAAAAUGGAAGUAAUGCAGAUACACUCACCAUUCAUUUGCCUUUGUAAAUGUGUAAAAGAGGUCUUUUAAUAUGUCAGGGUUAUCGAAUGAGUGAAAACAGCAUUUUUAUUUUGUAAAAUCUAA